AAAUAAAGAAAAAAUAAAAAAACUAAUAAAAUUCUAAAGUGGAAAAGUGCAGUCUUUGAAAUUUUUUUUAAAGAAAUAAUAAUAAAACAACAACAAAAUGUCUCGCGAUAGUGCUACUAAUCAAUUAAAUGAUUAUAAAAAUACUUUGACCACUCCCCCCGGUGCCAUCACCACUGCCGCCGGCAAUCCUGUGGGCAUUAAAGAUGCCACCAUGACUGUUGGUCCUCGUGGUCCUGCCCUCCUACAAGAUGUUCAAUUCCUCGAUGAAAUGUCCCAUUUCGAUCGUGAACGUAUCCCCGAACGUGUAGUGCACGCCAAGGGUGCUGGUGCUUUUGGUUAUUUUGAGGUGACUCACGACAUUAGCCAAUACUGUGCAGCCAAGGUAUUCGAAAAGGUGGGCAAACGUACCCCAGUGGCUAUACGUUUCUCAACGGUAGGAGGUGAAAGUGGUUCUGCCGAUACGGCUCGUGAUCCUCGUGGUUUUGCCGUUAAAUUCUAUACCGAUGAUGGUGUUUGGGAUUUGGUGGGCAAUAACACACCCAUCUUCUUUAUACGUGAUCCCAUUCUAUUCCCCAGCUUUAUUCAUACCCAAAAACGUAAUCCUCAAACGCAUUUGAAGGAUCCCGAUAUGUUCUGGGACUUUAUUACUUUGCGUCCAGAAUCGACACAUCAAGUUUCUUUCUUAUUCUCGGAUCGUGGUAUUCCCGAUGGUUAUCGUUUUAUGCAUGGCUAUGGUUCUCACACCUUUAAGUUGAUCAAUGCCAAGGGUCAACCCAUCUAUGCUAAAUUCCACUUUAGAUCCAAUCAAGGCAUUAAGAAUUUGGAUGUUAAGAAAGCUGAUGAUUUGGCUGGUUCAGAUCCCGACUAUUCUAUACGCGAUUUGUUUAAUGCCAUCAAGGCUGGUGAUUUCCCCAGCUGGACUUUGAAUAUCCAGGUUAUGACCUACGAACAGGCCAAGACUUUCAAAUACAAUCCAUUCGAUGUAACCAAAGUAUGGUCACACAAGGAAUUCCCCUUGAUUCCAGUGGGUAAAAUGGUGCUCGAUCGUAAUCCCACCAACUACUUUGCUGAGGUCGAACAGAUUGCCUUCAGUCCUGCUCAUUUGGUGCCUGGCAUUGAACCCUCACCCGACAAGAUGUUGCAGGGUCGUCUCUUCUCCUACUCCGACACCCAUCGUCAUCGUUUGGGUGCCAAUUACUUGCAAAUACCCGUCAACUGUCCCUACCGUGUGGCUGUUAAGAACUAUCAACGUGAUGGCCCCAUGACAGUGACCGACAAUCAAGGCAAUGCCCCCAACUAUUACCCCAACUCUUUCUCCGGUCCCUUGGAAAGCGAACGCGCUAGAAGCCUUCAAUCUAAAUGCCCUGUUUCCGGUGAUGUCUAUCGCUACAGCAGCGGCGAUACCGAGGACAAUUUCGGUCAAGUUACCGACUUUUGGGUGCGUGUUUUGGAUGAUGCUGCUCGCAAACGUUUGGUUAGCAACAUUGCCGGUCACUUGUCGAACGCCAGUGCCUUUAUACAAGAACGUGCUGUCAAGAACUUUAGCAUGGUUCAUCCCGAUUUUGGCCGCAUGUUAACCGAACAAUUGAAUUUGGCUAAGUCGGCCAAGAUUUAAAUUAUUCAUUUUGUUUGUGCAAUGAUCGUUUUUUUUAUAUUCUUCGUUUGGUUGUGGGUCUGAAAACUGUUUUACCCUGUUUGGUAUGAGAAAAAAAAGAAAGAAAUAUCUUUAUUUUUUGUUUGUUUUUUUACUUACUUUUUAUCAUUAUUAUGCUAACAAAUUUAGGUUUUGUUUAAGCGCUAAAACAACAUUUCCAUAUUUAAUCAAAAAUGUUAUCUAAAACUAUUUUUUUACUUAACACUUUUUCCAAAAUAAACACAUAUUUUUCGAUAAAACUAA